AAUAGAGCGCCUGUGUUAGAUGACAAACAUUUUCAAGAAGAGGCUCUCAAAAAAUGUCAUGAAUGCCUUGCUCUCACCUGUUUCACCAGCUCCAAAUCUGCGCGAAACGCCGUGCUCCAUCUCAAGGCAAAUCAAUCCAUGCUCACAUAAUCAAAUCGGGGUUGACCCAAUAUGACCCACUUCCCAACACUCUCGUUGACAUGUACGGCAAAUGUGGUCUCAUUCACAAUGCAAUCCAAGUGUUUGAUGAAAUUCCUCAGAGAGACAAAGUUUGCUGGGCCUCGAUUCUCACUGCUCAUACGCAUGCCAAUUUACCUAAACGUACUCUUUCUAUGUUUAGGGAGAUGGUUUCUGUUGAUGGGUUGCAACCUGAUCAUUUCGUGUUUACGAGCCUUGUUAAGGCUUGUACUAGCUUAGGUUCUUUGAGGAUGGGUGUGCAAGUGCAUGCUCGGUUUUUGUUGUCAUGCUAUUCGGGCGAUGAUGUGGUUAAGUCCUCGCUUGUGGAUAUGUAUGCGAAAUGUGGGUUGGUGGAUACUGCUCGGAUUGUUUUUGAUUCGAUUUGUUAUAGGAGUUCUGUUUCUUGGACUGCCAUGGUAUCUGGGUAUGCUAAGAGUGGAAGGAAAACGGAAGCGAUUGAGCUGUUGAGAAGUAUGGAGGAGAGAAGUUUGUUCGCUUGGACUGCUUUGAUAUCGGGGUUGGUGCAGAAUGGAUAUUGGGUUGAUGCGUUUAAUAUGUUUAAUGAAAUGAGAAGGGAGGGUAUGGAUAUUGAAGAUCCGUUUAGUCUUUCGAGUAUUAUUGGAGUUUCUGCUAAUCUUGCGACAUUGGAUCUUGGGAAGCAAAUGCAUUGUUUAGUUAUAGCACUUGGUUAUGAAUCUAGCUUAUACGUGGGUAAUGCGUUAGUUGACAUGUACGCAAAAUGUAGUGAUGUGGAUGCAGCAAAGCGUACAUUUGACAGUAUUGGCAACAAAGAUGUAGUUUCUUGGACCUCGAUUAUAGUUGGGAUGGCUCAACAUGGACGAGCUCGGGAAGCACUGUCGCUCUAUGAUAAGAUGGUUAAAAAUGGAGUGAAGCCAAAUAAGGUGACAUUUUUAGGAUUAAUAUAUGCGUGUGGACAUGCUGGUCUAGUAGAUAAAGGACGUCAUCUCUUCAGAUCCAUGAGAAAGGAUUAUGGUUUUAGCCCUUCUCUGCAACAUUAUACAAGCUUAUUAGAUCUUUAUAGUCGAUCAGGGCUCCUUGAUGAUGCUGAGAAGCUUCUCAAUACAAUGCCUUUCGAGCCUGAUGAAGCUGCUUGGGCAGCUUUACUAAGUGCCUGUAAGAGGCAUGGCAAAACUCAUAUGGGAGUUAGAGUUGCUGAUCUUCUUUUGAACUUAGAACCAAAAGAUAAUUCAACCUGUAUUAUGUUAUCUAAUGUAUAUGCUGGUGCGGGCAUGUGGGAAAAAGUAUCUAAAGUACGGAGAUUAAUGACAGUUAAGGAUAUUAAGAAAGAACCUGGUUACAGUUGUGUAGACUUGGGGAAGGAGAGUCAAGUGUUUUAUGCUGGGGAGAAUACACAUCCAAUGGAGGAUGCAAUUUUUUCUCUACUUAAGGAAUUGGAUGCAGAGAUGAGGAAAAGAGGUUAUGUUCCUGAUACAAGUUCAGUAUUGCAUGACAUGGAUCACCAGGAGAAGGAAAAUCAACUCUUUUGGCAUAGUGAGAGGCUUGCUGUUGCUUAUGGACUGCUUAAAUCUGUUCCUGGCACAGUUAUACGAAUAGUGAAAAAUCUCCGCGUCUGUGGUGAUUGUCAUAUCGUUUUCAAAUUCAUUUCUAGCAUAGUAAAUAGGGAAAUUGUUGUUCGUGAUGCUAGUAGGUUCCACCACUUCAAGGAAGGAAAAUGUUCGUGCUCUGAUUUUUGGUAAAGAUAAGAAUAUUGAAACUGAUUUUUUCACAUUU